AUGGAUGAAGUGAUCCAUAGGUCGUUUGUCUACGGACUAGGCACAACAGCUAUCCUGAGUCCAACCCUCCACUACCAUCUCCCCGACCGAGGCCGGCGAUGGCUCCGUCUCUUCAAGAAGCCCGUCUUGACGGCAAUGUUGCUGUAUCUGUUCUAUGGUGCGAUGCCCACCGAUCGCCGCGACCUUUACACUCUCCUCGAUGUCGACGUCUCAGCGUCUAAAAACGACAUUCUGCAGGCCUAUCGAACGGUUUCGAAGAAGUUCCACCCUGACAAGGUGGCCGCGGCCGAGGCGUCCGGAGGCGCAGUGCCUCAGCGUCCUUCGGGCUUCAAGGGCAUGUCGAAUGAGGAGUUCUUCAUGGAGAUCAAGAAGGCGCAAGAAGUGCUCAUGAACGACACUCGGAGGUCGAACUACGACCGAUUCGGCGACUACAAAUACGGCGAGGUCGACGAGAAGACCACGAUCAUCGUUGUUUGCCUCGCCCUCGUUUCCCACCUUCUCUGCUUCUGCGUGGGGUUUCUGGUUUCCUAUCCCAAGCACGCCACGUUUGCGCGCCAAAUCUACCUCGUCUACAACCUGGCGAUGUUCUGCAACGAAUUGCAGCUGCGCUUUGUGGACGACGGAGACUCGCUCGCUUUCCUGCCCUACGUCAGCAGGCUCGUACCAUUUGAAAGAGUUCAUUUCUUCCGAAGCCUCUUUCCGUGCGUCCUUUGCGCAAGCAUUUGCUUGUCUGCGUGGGUCUUCACGGACAACCCGGCGAAGCGCUUGGCUUUGCUGAAGGCUUUGUUGUCAACGAACCGCGUCUUGACCGAAAGGACGCAGGAGCUGAUCCGCGUGACAGCGUAUCUUAAGACCAUAGGCACGCCGUCCACUGCGGCCAUCAAGACGCAGCAGCUGCAGAUGCAGAACCUGCAUUCCGCGGCACUUCGCGUUCGGGCCGCUGGUCACGAUCUCUCUUCGGCACCAGGAGCCGAAGAGGCUGCUGAACAGGCUGCGAAGGAGGCUGGCGGCGAGGGCGCUGCUAGUUCACAGCGCAAGAACGCCAGUCAGCAGAAGCCUGUCGGCUCUAUAGCGCCUACCAAGGAUAAGAAGGACGUUGCCGAAUGGGAGGAUUUCACCAAUACCCUGAACGAGGAACAGAAGGAGCUCUUCAAACGCAUGGUGGCGGAUCAGGCAAGCGCGCGCGACCCCAGAAGCGUUCGCCCUUCGUUUUUCUCGUUCGUCGUUUUUAGUGUCUAUGCAUGUGGUGCGAUGGAACGCCAGGCACGUGUGGAGUAG